AUAAAAACCCACAGAAUUCACCAUCUUUUUUAUUUUGGUUUUUUCAGUCUGGGGGGAGCCUCCUCUUUCUUCUUCUUCUUCAUCUAGCUAUUUGCUGGUGUUGAGGUUCUUUAAUUUGGCAUCGUAUCAGAUAGAGAUGCUGGGCGUGUCGGGGCUGAUAAGCGCCUCCGCCGAUGGGGCAGCGACAGCGACAGCGCCACCCGGAGAAGCUCCGGAGAGUGGCGGAGCUGGUAGUGCUGCAGGUGGUCCGGAGAGUGGCGCCGCCGUGGGAGGGUACGGGGAGGAAGACAAGGCGGAAGCGGAGAGGAAUUCCGGUGGAAAUAGGUGGCCCAGGCAGGAGACUUUGGCUCUAUUGAAAAUUAGGUCGGAUAUGGAUGUUGUUUUCAGAGACUCAAGCCUGAAAGGCCCGCUGUGGGAGGAAGUUUCCAGGAAAAUGGCGGAGCUGGGAUACCAUCGAAGCUCCAAGAAAUGCAAGGAGAAGUUUGAGAACGUUUACAAGUAUCAUAAGCGGACAAAGGACGGACGCGCCUCCAAGGCCGACGGCAAAACUUAUCGGUUUUUUGAUCAGCUCGAGGCUUUCGAACACACUACUCCUUCUCACGCUCUUCCGCCGCCACCUCGCCCGCAGCCGCCGCCAUUGCCCCCCGCCGCCGCGGUAUCGCCAAUGGUGGCGCCGCCAUUGCCGGGGAAUAAUAACAAUAAUGCUGCUUCUAAUGCCGGUACAACCAAUGUUGUCGUUGCUGCCAAUCCUCCGGUUUCAGUGCCGGUUACUGUUCCAUCUACGCAAAACCCUUUCGGUGCGGGAGUUCAUAAUCCGAUCAAUGCUCCGGCAUUUCCGCCGUCAUCUCAGACGAGAUCGUUGUCGCUGCCGCCGCCGCAGGCGGCUGCGAAUACCGGUGGGUUUCCGUCUCAACGGAAUGUGCCUGGGAGUCCUUUAUCGGAUUCGACAUCGUCGUCUACUUCGUCGGACGAGGAUAUCCAGAGGCGGCACCGGCGGAAGAGGAAAUGGAAGGACUUCUUCGAAAGGCUAAUGAAGGAUGUGAUUGAGAAACAGGAGGAUUUGCAGAAGAAGUUUCUGGAAGCUCUCGAGAAGCGAGAGCGAGACCGGAUGGUGAGAGAGGAAGCGUGGAGAGUUCAAGAGAUGGCGAGGAUGAACCGGGAGCACGAUCUCUUAGUCCAAGAAAGAUCCAUGGCGGCGGCAAAAGACGCCGCCGUGCUUCAAUUUUUACAAAAAGUCUCCGAACAGCACAAUCUUCAAAUCCCAAUAACCAAUGCAACUCCAGCAGCAGCGCAAAUCCAGAUACAAUUGCCGGAAAGCCUAUCAACACCGACACAACAACCACAACCGCCACCGCCGCCGAUUCCGCCGCAUUCUCAGCAACCGCCUCCGCAAGGUCCGGAACCAAUAUCCGUGGCCCCACCCGCCACAAUGCAGUUCACAAUCUCCACCCCGACGCCUCCCGUGCCGACAAAAAUCUUAGACGUUUCCAAACCACCGGACAACAACGCCAUCGAGAGUUUCACUCCGGCGAGCUCGUCUAGAUGGCCGAAAACGGAGGUACAAGCGCUAAUCCGUCUCCGGACGAACCUGGACACGAAGUACCAAGAGAACGGGCCGAAAGGGCCGCUGUGGGAGGAGAUAUCAGCGGGAAUGCGGAAACUGGGGUACAACAGGAAUGCAAAGAGGUGCAAGGAGAAAUGGGAGAACAUCAACAAGUACUUCAAGAAGGUGAAGGAAAGCAACAAGAAAAGGCCAGAAGAUUCCAAGACCUGCCCCUAUUUUCACCUGUUAGAUGCUAUAUACAAGGAAAGAGCCAAAAAUGAAGCUUCCUUCAAUCCUCCCGGUUCAGCGCUAAAACCGGAAAAUAACCCGAUGGUUCCCAUCAUGGUCCAACCCGAACAACAAUGGCCACUGCCACCCGACCACCACCACCACCACCACGCUCUCAACGACCACGAGAGCGACAACAUUGACGAGGACGACGGCGACGACGAGGAUGACGAGGACGACGAAGGCGGAGGAGCCUACGAGAUAGUAACAAACAAACCGCCAUCUACUACCACCACCACAACCACCACCACCGCGACUAGCACAGUUUGAGCGAGCUUAUCACAAUACAAAGAUGGAGAGGGGGGAGAGAAGAAAAGGCAGGCGAGCGGACAUUAAAAAAAAAAGGGCGGACAAUUAUGAGUGAGGCAUUGGGAAUAGCGAGUGGGUCAACAGAUUUUUGCAGGGUGUCAGAAGAUGUACAUUACAUUACAUUGUGGGUCAGACGGGAAAUUCCGGUUGGGCUUCAGAUGCGGUGGCGCUGGCGCGGUGAAAAUUAUUGAAAGUGCACAGAUACAAACAUUUUGGAGUGUUUUUUGUUUUGUUUUUUGAGGAUCCAUCAUCCAUCGGAGGGAGAUAAAACGAGAUGAGGGGACGUGGAAGCCAGACCGGACCAGACCAGAUCAGAUCAGCCAGACCGGGGAUUAUAUUAUUGCUGCCGUUAAGGUUAUUUAUAGUUGGUUAGUUUCGAAUUUCGAUCGGUAUAAGUUUUUAUUUCAUCAUUUAUUUAUUAUUUAAUUUCCGAAUAAGUUUAAUGUUUAAUCAGGGAAAAUAUUUGGAGGGAAGAGACUCCACAGAAUAAAUAAAAGGGACAAUAUUAAUUUGUAACUUUUUUUUUUCUUUUUUAAAAAAAAAAAAACAAAAUUUCUUGUUCUUUUUGUUGGGGUGUAAAUGUGAGAAUUGGUUUACCUUAUUCAA